UAGCCAUCAUCCACGGUACCUAUUUGUAGACAAACCUUUGAUGCAAUAGACGUACAUCGCCGUGUUUCCCGGUUCGGGAUUGUGGGGCGCAAUUGGCCGCAUAGCUAGUAAACACAUCAAGAUUGUGACUGGGACUCGCUCGGCGAAAAACCGUCCCAAAAUUCGUAACUCCAAAGACGAAGAAGAAAGUAUGAAUACGACCGAAAAUGAAAGUGAUCAAGAGGAAAUGGAUACAAAAGAAGGUAUGCUUUCGAUAGCGGUAAUUUGUGGCCACUGUUUAGUUAGAGACUAAUAUAAAGUUUCAAGUGUACGUGUUAAAUGAAACGAAGAGAUCUGGACCGGAUUUGAUGUUUGCAUACGUUUCCCGGUAGAUGCUGUUGACGAUUCUUCAGUACCAAAUGGAGUUUCUUCCCCCAGUGAACCUCAAGACGUAAUAAUGGAGGAGGAUACAGCAAGACCUGAAGGAAUUAUUCGUUUCACUGUGCUCAAUUUUAGCAAACUUGACAAAACUACCUUGAGUGAUCCUAUAUACGUGAGGAAUUUACCAUGGUAAGGAAACCAAAUUGAUACAUUUUCGUUUGUUGUGAUGAUUUGUGAUUGUUUACAGUUAGACAUGUAACAUACUGGACUUGAAGACAGGUUUUCUUAAAUUCAGUGGUUCUUAACUCCCAGCAUCUGAUACUAAGAGCUCUAUGUUAUAAAUGAAUUAUUAAUAAUGCUGCAAUGAGAGUAGUGCUAAUCUGAUUAGCUUCUGUUCAUGAGAGAUCAGUGUCAUAAGAUUGUGCAUCCUCUUGGUAUUAUUUUAAUUUAUUUUUGGAUGUAAGUAAUGUACUUAAACACUUGCCAGAGAAAAGGAUUAGAGAAUAACGCUUGACUUAACCACCUAGAUUACCUAGAAAAAAAACUGUUAGAAUGCCUAAUUCUCAGUUCGGACAUACAUCUGUAAAUGCCAUCAUGUCCAAUUGUUGGAAAGAUUAAUGAAAUUUUACUUAUGCAUUUUUAUGGCAAUGGUUUGCAAUCUCUGAUAUAUUGGUCAAAAGCAUUUCAUGGGAAAAAAUGUGGAAAUUGUUUUUAAGGAGGAAUUUGCGUUCAUGUUGUGACUUUUUAGACAUUAAUGCAGUCCAACAUAAUGGCUUUCAUAACUUUUAGUCGACCGUCAUUCUGUAGAGGAAAACAAGUUAGCUCACAAGCAAAAUAACGAGUUUAAUUUAAUGUAAAGAAAAAAAAAUGUCGUAUGUUCAACAACAAAGAAUGAAAAAAGUGCAAGUAUUGCUCAUUUCUGGAUGCAUCUUUUAGCCAAUUUAUCGUAGAUUCAAGAGAGAAUGAUACAGAAAUGAACUAAGACGGAUAAAUGUUUUUUUCUCAUUCUACAUUCUACAUCUAGCUUAUAUAUCAACCCUCCAAGUUAAAGUUUUUGCUUGGUCGGCAUUUGGCAACCAACUCUUUUGGUUUAGGGAGACUUUUUCACAAAUCAAGUUGCCAGCUGCAUAAUUUUAGGAACCAUGGCAACUAAAAUGGUUGCAACUUGGAGUGUUGAUAUAUCACAGGCCAAAAUUUAAUUCAGGUUAAGAUUUUUUAACCCAGCAGGGCUGAAAAUAACGGUUGGUCAAUGAACAAUGUCCGGCCUGAUCGUGGACUUGACCGGUCAAACUCUCGUCUUGCCGGUCAUUUUGACUGGUCAGUUUUGGAUAUGAACAUUUUAUUUUCCAUACAGUUGUUGCUUAAUGUUCUAUGAUGCUGUAAUGAUUUCUUUUUUCUUUGGCUUUUUUUGCUGCUUUACAUUAAAACCUUUUAAAGCCUUUUAAAGAAUGCUGCCAUAAAUUUCAUGUGGUCAUGUCCUACUGAAAAGCAGCAAAGCAAAACAUCAACAAACUGAGUUGUGGAGUAACACAACGAUGCAGUUCGUACCGGCUUUACUUUCUGUUUGCUAUAAUCAGUUAUGUGACCUUCUGUGGGAGAACAUACACUAAAGAUAAUCUGUUAUCUGUUAGAAAACUAAAGGAUAGCUAAUGAUUUGCCGAAAAGCACUGACGGUCAGCCCAAAUGCUAGCUCUCUUACGUACGGUUUGUCCAAUGCUCUAACGAUUUUAAUGCUCAAACAGACUGUUCUUACGAUCUAACAGUUAAUUUGGCUGAACAGCUAACGCCUAAUGUUCGGCUUCUAAUAAGUAAGAACAUUGUAAAAAUUGCCUGCUGUCCAGUGAUAAAUGUUAUGGAGUUCGGGCAAAUUGAUCGCAAUUGUUAACAGGUCAUCCUGUGUUUCUCUGGGAAUAAAUGUUAGUGCAUCGAUUAAUAAUAAUUUCCUUAUGUCAAACAUGGCCCUCGUUUGCGGACUCGAUUCCAGAAUAGUCUGUUAAAAAUUUUAGCUAAUGGAGAACGAACGUCUUCUAUCUCGGCGCUUAAUUUUCCUUCUUGUAAACAGCUUUAUGCAAAUUUCUGGUGACAUUUGAGGGCUUCAUGAUAACGUGUUGUGCGAUGACCCAAGUGAAAGCUGUGUUGUAUAUUUAUUAACUUCUGAUAAUAAACAUGCUGUCUGUGGAACAGACUUCUCACCAAAUCAACUUCUUUGCCGAAAAUAUUAGUGACGUGUCUUCUUUGUGGAGGAGACUUUUGAUCAUGUGCCAGGCAAUGAAAAAGAUCAACUUUUACCGAUGUUCAUUUCUGAACAUCACUGCAGAACAUCAAAUUAUUUUUUCGUAAUUCCUAAAGUUUGUUUGACGGUAUGUGUAUUCUAUUUCCAAAACCUUGAGAAUUUGAAAAGGAUUUACGCUUUACAUUUACCUUUAGAAACUUCAGACACUGCUGUACGAUGAUACUCAAGGUAGAACGGACAUAGAAAUGUGCGAAAACUGAGGAAGGGAACUCUACAAUGUGUGAAUUCAUGCAUUUUGACCAACUUGCCACCAAAAACCUGAAGUUCAAUGUAGUAAUAAUGAUCUAUUGCCAGCGUAAUUCGAUAUUCCUUAGGCAAAAAAUAUUACAGUAUUCAUUAUUUGACCGGCCAGAAUUGGGGUUUGUCCGGGCUAAAAUAUAUUUGGCUGGUCAUCAUGACUGGCGACCUGCUGUCCGUUAUUUUCAACCCUGCCCAGGUUGAUUCUCAAUUUCCUAUGUCACAAAGGAAAUAGGGGAUCAACGUAGGUGAAACAAUUUUCACCUGAAUUUAAUUUUGACCUGUAACAUUCACACCUGUACAUUUGUCAUGUUGUUAGGUAAACUUGUCAUUUUGCUCAUGCAUUCAGCUAAGUUUUUUUCUCUGUAAAGUGACAGUCCCCUAAAGGUAACAAAAGCCAAAUUAUGUGGUGGAAGGGGGUGGGGAGGGGGCACGCAGACAAUGGGUGGAAAAUUGGGAACUGAAAUGAAUAUCAUGCCUUUUAGAGAUGGAAGAACGGAAAAUGUAGGGACUUUUGUUUUUGAUCACCCAACUUGUGGGGAAAAGGUUCUGGGGACUACACUUAGAAACAAGACAAGAUCAGAACGAGUUCUAGGCAUAUCGUGGCUUUUGUUCAUUAGGGGACUGUCAUUCUGUAGAGGAAAACAAGUAAGUGCAUGAGCAAAAUUAUGAGUUUAAUACGCCCAAAAAAAUAUUAUCGUAAGUUUGACAAAAAAGAAUGCAAAAAGUGCAAAUACUGGUCACUUCUGGAUGCAUCUUUUAGAUACAAACAAUGAAUAUCACAGUUGGGGCAUUACUUAGUAAUUUUUUGGAUUUUAGGUAAGUACUGUAAAUUUACAUGUAAGUGAAAAGAGUACAGAAAAUAACUAAACGAAAAUUAAUGUUUUUUUGCUUGUUCUACAUUUGGUGUCUACAUGUACAUUUGUCACGUUGUUGCGUAAACUCAUCAUUAUGUUUGUGCAACCAGUUAUUUUUUUCCUCUUUAAAGUGACGGUUCCCCAAAAGUAAAAAAAGCCCCUAUCAUGACAUAUUGUGGGUUGCUGACGAAUUUGUCUAUUUUGUUGUAGGCGUAUCAUGUGUAUGCCAAGAUACUCUAAUCAUGAAAAAGUCAAGAGUGUGGGAUUUUUUCUGCAGUGCAAUCCUGAGGCAGAAUCAUUGUAAGUGUGUUGGUGUUCUUCUUGUGUUUUACAUUGUCAGAUCUUGCUAUAGCUAAGUUUAGAGGCUGAAUUUUUUUAUACAGUCAAACAAUGUCCAGAACAUACCCCAAAGAUCAAUAAACAGAUUAAUUCAAAAUUGAAUUGAUCAGUCAUUGCUGCUACUAGUAUGAAAUUGAAAUUCAAAUCUACCUUGCAUCAUGCAUAAUGAAUUGUCAAUAAAUUUAUUAUUAUAAACUGCUUUGUGGUUUUGGUCAGAUUGAAAAGUGUUUUAGGCUUUUGAAUUUUAAAAAUUCAAGAAGAAAACUGAGCGACCAGUUUUAAAUUUUAACAUCUCAGUAGUAAAUUCAUUGCAAAUUAUACAGCCCUCAUUGUCUGGGGCAGGUAGAUUGUUAUGUUGGGCAACUAACUUUUCAUUUUAUGAGCAAAAAAACAGUAUUAAAAUAUAGGCUGCUUAUGUACAGAAUGAGUGGAGCUUUUUUUCAUUCAAUUCUUAAUAAUAGAAGUCUUUACUAGAUUGCAUUUAAUUCCAGUACGUAUAUUUUAAGGACAAUAUUAUUUGUCUCAUAACCAAUAGUAUAUAUGUGGUGUGCUUUAUUAACUCAUUUGCUGUGUUUCCUUUCUUCCCAAACUUUUUUAGGAGGAAAAGAUCUUUCAAAGCAUGCCAGAAUGAGCAUAGAAUUUUGCUUUUUGUGUAGGCCUGAAUUUUGGAUGCUUAUAAACUUAUAAACAUAAGACCUUGAAGUGUGCGAUGUGUCAACAGCUUUUUGGCCAUUUUUGGUUCUUCAUAACCAGAUGUAGUGAGGGUGUUUUUCCACAAAAUUCCCAGGAGUGACUGGGUAAAUAAAAGUAAGCAAGCACACAACCAACAACAGUAACAAACGGUAACAAGAGAGUACUUUAUUGUUUAAUGCUAGAUCCAUGGUUUCCACUCAGAUUGUUUGUUCUUCGAUAGAUCAUGGUCUUGUCAAGCGUCCGCAAGAUUAACACUUGUAACCCAACAGGAAGGAGGAGAGGACUUCAGCAGAAGUGAGUUUUUAUUAUUAUACAUUUAUAAACAGUGUUCCAAACACAUGCUCUUAACUUUAUCGUGGACAGGUUUCAGACAAAUAAUACACUGAUUUAUUCUCACGCACUUUUAUACAAUGUAGCUUGAUAUAAACACUUAUUUUGGUUCAAAGUUCAGGUUUUAUCGAUUGCCUUCAUGUCGUGUAGCGUACUGUUACAUGUACAGUUAUUUGACGCGGUUAAUGUCAAAUAUCAACAAUCAAAUUAAACUGCAACUGAUGCAAAUUAUUUGAAAUGUCAUGCUUUACUCGCAGCACUUCACUUUUUACUGGGAACUACUGGUAUUACAAUGCAUCUGUCAGCACUCUGGGUCAGCACUAAUAAAAACUGAACUUUUGCGUGUCUCGUGCUUGUCACUUCCCUAAAAAACACAAUAAAAAUUGAAAAAAAAAAAACUGAGCAUAAAAAAAUGAACCCUUGAGGUAAAAAAUCGGCCCUCGACGCAGUAGCUUCGACCCUAGACACGUUACCCUCGACCAUCUACAUCUCGACCAAAAGUUGGACUCAUUAAAUUCCAGGCUGUUCUAGACAGCACAAUUUCCACUUAAUUCACAAGGUUGUCUGCUUGUCUGGUCUUUGUCUGAAGCUACAAACAAACUAUGAUGUUAAGAGUAAUAGUAUACAUGUAUAUAGGAUAAACCUGUUAUAUUUAGUUUGAUUUCUCUGUAAUUACUUAGAAAUUUUGGUGUCAGGAAGAUUGGGUGUGGUGUGCACCCAUGAUUGAAUGUGGUGUUUCUUUCUUAUAAGAAACCAUUGUGAUAAUGUUUCACUUUAUUAAUAUGUUUCUCUUUGUAGAAAUUUCACAUCUUUUCUUCUCCAAGGAAAAUGAUUGGGGCUUUAGUCAUUUUGUGGCAUGGAAUGUAAGUUCACAGUAAUUUUUAAUUGUAAAAAAAUUUAGAUAGUUACAAAUCUUGUACAUAUAACUUAUUUACAAAUAUUUAUAUAUAUGUGUGGUUGAAAUAAUUCUAUUGAUGCCUGCCAUUGUGGUGUGCCUUUGAAGAAUGCAUGGCCAGGGCUGUCGCUAAGUUUUCAGGUUGCUAGGUAAAUGCAACAACUAGGUGGGGAAUCAAACAGCUAGGGAUUUCUGUUGGUUCUAUUUUUCUUCUAUUUUCCCAUGAAAGUAGCUGGGGGGGGGCACGGUCUUAGUAGCUGGGGGAAAUCCCCAGCCCCCACCUCUUUAAUGACAGCUCUGAUGGCAGUAGAAGUGGUUACAUGUAUUUCCAAUAUGAUAGUUGAGGAUUUGGAUGUGGAGUUAACAUGUUUUGAGUGAGAUUAGUAUCUAAUAAUUCCAGAUCAGUUUUGAUGCACAUUGAAUUAAUACAGGUAUUGACUGUAAAGAUGGCAGAAUUGUUUUCUUUAAGUAGACUUCUGGCUAGAAAUAAGCAAAUAAUAAUAUAUAAUAAUAUAUAAGCAAAUAGUAUGCAUUUCCUAAUGACCAUCUCUCUUUUCACACUACAUUUUUGACACAAAUUAGCUUUCCUGAAAUUUUUGCCUCGGCACUGCCUGCAAAUCAUUUUUUUCAGUAGCCCAGUAAAGGAAAAAUUGUGUGCAACUACAUGUAACAGAUUCCAUCUCUUACCUGUAGGCUUUAUAUCCAUUUUCUUGUAUUUUGUACUGACUAAUAAUAUUAUUAUUAUUGUAGUUACAGCAUUACUGUUUUAACUAGUUAUACAUAUGUAACCACUGAUCAGCAAGUUGAUCUGUAACUAAUCUUCUUUUGCUGUUUCUGCCCUAUAGGAUGCUCUGGAUCCUAAUAAGGGUUUUAUAAAAGAUGACAGUAUUGUACUGGAAGUCCAUGUUGCAGCAGAAGCCCCACAUGGAGUUGCGUAAGUAUGAUUUGUACUUUGUCUGUUUUGACCAGGAGAUAAGAUUACUACAGUAAUUUUUUUUAUCAUUAUCAUUGUAUUUAGGUUUGAGUUGAAGACCCACUUUGACCAAUGUUUAUUUUAAUAAUUAUAAGAGUGAUUGUGUCAUUUGGUUUUGUGUUGGAGCCCCCUUUUGCCCAAUGUUUUUUUUAAUAAUUUUAAGGGUGGUUGUGUAGGGUUUGUCAUGCAAUGAAGUUGGUUUUUUUUUUGGGCUGUUUUGCCCCCCCUUCAGGGUAAAGGGGGCGGAAUACCAAAAAAGAUGGAAAUUGCAAUCCAGAAACCCUAUCCCCCCCUUUCCCCCCUCCCCCCCCCCCCCCCCCCCCGCCACAGGCAUAACCACUAGCUGGAUUUUUUCUUAGUAGACCCAAGUUCAUCUCCUUGAUCUCCUUGGCUACACUUGAUAACAGCCAGCUGAUUUGCCUCCAGCUAGUUGGGAUUUUUUAUUUUUAAAUGUUGUUAUGUUUCUUUCAAUAUUUGCUUCUAUCCUUAUCAGUUUUUGGGCAUCAUUGACAACAGCAAUUUUGUGCGCAACCUGUAUAUAAAGUCAUUUUUAUCCCUUUUUAAAAUGUAAUUGAACACUAAUAUAAACUAUUGUACGGUCUUCUCUCUGUAGAUGGGACUCCAAGAAACACACAGGGUUUGUGGGACUCAAGAAUCAAGGGGCAACAUGUUACAUGAAUUCUUUGUUGCAGACAUUAUACUUCACAAAUAAAUUAAGAAAGGUUGGACAGCUUAAUAGAUUUGCUUUAUUGUUAGUCAUUUCUGUUUACAAAAGAAAGUUUUGAUUAAUUAUAAUUUAUUAUACUGUAUUUUACUAGUUUGAAUAUUUUGUGUUGAAAUAACUUGGUUUAUAAAUUUCCUAGGCUGUGUACCAGAUGCCAACAGAAAAUGAUGACCCAAACAGAAGUGUAGCUUUCGCUCUUCAAAGAACUUUUUAUGAACUUCAACACAGGUUUGAUUAUUGUAUCGUAAGAGAGAGUUAGAAUCACAUUUAUGGCAAAAAUAAUGGCAAGCAGCAGAUUCAAACUGAAAAGUUUUCCAAAUACAUUGUGCUGUAGAAAGUCUCCAGAAGAUGAUGUUAUUGUGGAUGAAGCUAUAAUUUUUCCUUUUUGUAGGUGUAAUAAACGGGUAAUUACAUGCUGUAAAGGAACCACUUGUUUAAGUGGUACAGACUGAUGUUUUCUGUUCACCUUAAACAUGUUUCUAUAUCACUCUGUUUAUUAUACUCUGAUCAUUUGUCAUGCUGUUAUAUCCAUCAUUUCUGUCAUUCGUCGGUUAGUCAAGUUGUAGUUACUUUUUUAAUAGUCUAUUCAUGGAAAAUGUUUGGGUUUAGGCACACUGGUGUUGAUACAGGCAGUUAACACAACUGCAGGGUAUAAUGUGCGUGUGUGGCUAAGUAAACAAAACAUCCAUAGCUUUUCAAUUAUAAUUUUGUGAAAUUUUUUUCGUUGUCUGUUGUAGUGACAAAGCAGUUGGUACAAAGAAGCUGACAAGAUCGUUUGGGUAAAUUUCUCUAAACAGUAUUACAACCAAAUGUAGAUACACCUAUUUCAAUUAAGGUUGCUGAUCCCGUGAACCAUGUUUCAUAGCCUGCAGUGCACUAUGGUAAACCCUUUUGUAGCAGGAAGUUUAGUCUUGUUCACGUUCAUUGAAAUAAUGGAGACCACUUGUGAGAAGGCAUUCAAGAGAGCUUUCAAGUCAAGUGGCUGCUAAAAUUCUUAAGCAUGAGCAAGAUGAAGAAUGUCAUUUUUAAAAUCUCGCAGUAAGAAAUUAGAAGCUUCUUCUUUUAACAACAUUGAAUUAACAGGGUUUUACCGCCUGACUAAGCUGCUUUCCACAUGGGCCAGAAUGCUGGUGUCAAUAAAUCAAAUCAACUGGCUAUUCUUUUUUCUAUUCAGUUUUAAAAAAAUUCAAAAAGAGAUAUUUGCGUAAACGUUAAGUUAUUUAUCGUAGUUCAUGAACAAACACCUUGAAUUUGAUUUUUUUAAACUCCAUCCAAAAUUCCCACGCGCACAAGCCAAGCAAACUUGUUGAAAAUUUGCAGCAUUUGCAUAUUACCACAGAGAAAAACCUAACCUCAAAUUACUGUCUAAGUUAAAAAGCCUAGGAUUCAGUGUUUUGAAAUAAAUUGUCUUAACAUUCUGCUGACCUAGCAUAGAAGCGUCAGCGACAUUUGCUUUCUAGGUUUCUAGGCUCAUUGCGGGUACAAAACUUACUAGACUUGCUACAGUAAUGCACUGCGGGCUAUGAAACAAUUGGAUCAUGCAUCAUUCUUCUCUGAAGCAACCUUAAUUGAAAUAGGUGUAUACCUGUAGUGAUUUUAUGAUGACUUGUUAUGCUAAGUAGUAGACAGAACAUAAACUAAGGCCCAGAUGCAGAUGGUAAAUUAUUUGCAGAAUAUAUGAGUCCAAAAUCACAGCUUGGUGAAAACAAAUAGGUCUCCAGAGGAGCACAGUGUAUGCAAAGUUACAAACAUGGAAAACUUUGUCUAAUGAUAGGCCUUCUUGUACAAUCUUGCUAGCAAUAAUUUAUUUUAUUACAUGGCUAAGUCUGUUUUCCCCAUGUGAUUGGUCAAUUUGUAGUCCGUAACUUCCUAUACAGACCAAACUGUCAAGAGCAAAAUGCUCAUUUUGCAGCUCUUAAUCUUAAGGUUAAAGAAAGAUGUCUGUUAACCUUGAGGAAUUGGAUGUUGACUUUGUCCUUCAACAUUUUAAUCUGUGUUUAUUUGUGAAGGAAAGCAUUAAAGAUACUGAAUCAUAAUCUUAUCACGGAAGAGAAUUUAGUCAGUGUUUGAAAAUUUUAUCGCAGUACACAGUUAAGAAGAUGAAAGUCGACUGGCAGAGAUUUGAAAUGUUUUGGCUUAAGGGAAAACAAGCGAUUCCUUUGACAAAUACAUGUAUGAUAACAAACAUUCCUGUAAACAUACCUGCUCCAGAUCAUCUUGACAAGCUUCUUUGCCAUUUGCAAUGUUUUUCUCAAAGACCCGCGAAAGAAAGAUAGAAGCAACUUCAAGUCAGACGCAAUGUCCAGUUUUCAAGACUCUAGUGUCACAUUGGCGAGCAAAAUUAAUGCUUACUGUGCUCUUAGUUUUGACCAUUUUAAGCUUUUUCAACAUGCACUUUGGCAAUUUGAUUUUCCUUUCAAUGAAAAGCCUUUGUGAUGUGCUAUUGUUUCCAUAAGGCAGUUAAAACUUUCCUUUUUGACGCCUGUCUAUCAAAUCGGUUGUCCUGCACUUGUUUCCCUUCCCCCAAACAGGAAGUCAUGUAAGAAACAUUUUAUUAGCCUCGUUUUUUUCAGUCUGUACUGUAAAUUAAGGAUCCUUGUUUUUUCUUCCUUGAUUUAUGGCCAGUGCGCUUCUUGCUUGGGCCGGCAUAAAUCCAUGGAAAAAAAAUCAUUCCAUAAUUUACAGUACGGACCAAAAACUUGACUAAUAAGAGUUAUUUUGGGCUUUGAGUAGCUUAUUGAUUCCCAGGCUCAAAGACUAACCUCUUUGUUAGUAUGUGCAUGCAUUGUUAAGUUUCCUGUGAUCAGAUUUAUUGGUGAAUUUUGUCUAAGUGAUCCUGCAGGUUACAAUAGUCACACUGUGAAAUGCAUUCACAUGGUGACACAGAGACCUGUUAAAUUACGCUGUACAAGGAUAUUAGCUAAUCAUCCUAAUUAUGAUUAUUAUGUGAAUGUUACCCUGUAAACCUUCUUUCAAAAUUGUCAUCUCUACUUUUUUUGAAUUCUUUUAUAGAUGGGAAACCCUGGAUAGUUUUAUGCAGCAUGAUGUUCAGGAACUUUGCCGAGUGGUAAGAUGAUAAUUUUUAUGUUUAUAGUUUCCAUGGAAACUGAAACUCUCUGAAGUGAUGUUGUAAGUCCAUAAUGUUUGCAAUGUCGGUAAAUACGAAAACCAAUAAUUUUGAAGGCCGGCUGCCAAUACUGUUACGAUGCAGUUGAUAAACAAGGAGAGACAGUAUACUAUAAUUCUAGUGGUUGUUUGUAACUGUCUUAUUACAAUUCCUGUAUAUCAAUUGAUUCUUUUCUUGUAAAAAGAAAUUUUGCAAAAAAAAGGGAUUACUGUGGUCAUUAGUAUGACCUACAUAAUGUGAAAGUGAAGUGUAACCUGUUGUGUCUGAAAAAAUAAGUGUGACCUGUUGUUUAAAAACAUUCUUUUCUGAUGCAAGAAGAAAGGUUUCAUUUUCUCUUCAGUACUUGUCAUUAGCAUGCUAUAUGACACAAAGUUGACGUGUAACUUGAUGCGUCUGAUAAGUAUAAAGCGUCACCUUGUCACACCUUAUUUUCUUUGACAAAACAGGUUAUGUUUCAUUCUUACAUGACAAAGCAAGGUAAUACAAAUUAUGUAAAAUUGCAAUAUUGCACAACAGAUAUAACAAAAACACUUGCUCUCUCUAGAGAGCUAUUUUUUAAUGUCUUAAUACAAGUCAUGUCUCACCAUUUUUGUAAUGGUGCAUAAUGUUUGCACACUACAUUAUGGGUUUUCAAUGUUUUUUUAGCUAAUUGACAACAUGGAAAGCAAAAUGAAGGGGACAUGUGUAGAGGUAUGUCAGUUAUCUUCAUGUUUCAAUUAUUAAACAUCACUACAAUAACAAGGCUUGUUUGCCGUGUAAGGCACAAAAAGUUUGCCAUAAGGAAAAUUUGUACUACUAGAAAUAUGUUUUGAAAAUGAAAUAAUCAGCAUGUCAUGAGUGUGGGACAAAGAAAAAGUCUGAGUCCUCGACGGGAUUCAAACCUAUGAUCUUCUGAACACUGGGCGGGCGCUCUAUCAACUUGAGCUACUGAGAACUCAUGGAGAGUGAGGCCAUAUAUUAGGUUCAUAUUUGACGCGCAUCCUGCCUACUGUUAGGAUCGGCAAUGUCGAUGUUGCAUUGUGUGGUGAAAGAAAUGAAAGAUGGUAAAUUUUAAGCUGGGUGAAACAAAUGUGAAAAUGAAGUAAUCAGUAUGUCAUGAGUGUGGGAGAAAGAAAAAAUCUGAGUCCUUGACAGGAUUUGAACCUAUGACCUCCCAAACACUAGGGUAGGAAAGGGUUUAUGCAUGACGUGUGAUUAGGCCCAAAUUUGUUGCAUGAAGCGUGAAAGUUCCCAGAAUAGGAACAUGCUCCGUGAAACCAGUUUUUGAUGUGAAGCGUGAUUUAUCUUAUAAGAUGUGUGGGACUUGUGGAUUAUUUGUCACAUUUCAUGAAAAUCAGUGAUAUAGGAGAGAUAUAUUGAACAGGGCUGUAGGUUUCUUUCUUCACGUUACGUUUUUGAUUUGGUUAAUAAUUACUAUCUAAAGACGGCAGACCCUAAAAACUGCCCGUGACCAGUAGUGACCUUUGGGAUUAAUUCGUCCACUUUGGCAAUUCUUGUGUUGCUUCGUUUUCGUGUUAGGCUGGGUGAAUUGCCCUAACAAAAGGCCUUGGAGGUGACAAUCGCUGUAGCCUUGGCACAGAAGGCACCGGUUUUCUUAGGGUGAAGGGAGAAGUUUUGAGGACGCGCCCUUGCUGUGCGGACGAAAAGAGCAAAACUAACCAAAAAACUAACCUGUGCCUGCCAUGCAGUGGCUUCAGUCGCUAGGGGGUAAAAAGAAAUUGCAUUGGGCAUGUUGAUGUGUUUUCAAUUUGAACGCAAGAUGCCUGGAAACAAAAGUUUCCUACAUCCACAACUGCUUGUUAAUGCCCUUUAACAUUGCACCACCGACAUUCUAAUGAGAGGAGAAGCAGGAAGAAACUGCGAGCGUCGAUUAAUAAAUGUGAUUUGGGAUCCACGAUGACUGUGUUUUGGUUCUUAGCCCCGUUGAUCAGAGGCAGCCCAAACUCACGUUACGAGGGAAGGGUGUAAUGUAAUUUACAUACCAUAGGUGACGCGCCGGUGUCACGUUACAGGCGACCGUUGAAAAUAUAAAAGAGACUUCGUAUGAGAAAUAUAUUACUGAGAUCUGCAAAGGCUAAAUAACGCUAAAGCGUACUUUUUCUUAAAUGAAAUGAAUAAAAAAGACUUACUUGCAAUGUAUUCCACUGCAUUUUGGUAUCUGAUUGUCGUUUACUGGUUUUUUUGGCUUUAUUGCUUAACCACUGUUACUCCUUUUAUAGAACGAAGUGAAGGCUGGUCAGAUUGACCUGUCGGGGUCUUGGACCAGUCACAACAAGAAUGCCUUUUUUUUGCCGAAAUUCAAAUCCACUGCAAACUUUUCAUCUCCAGCCCAAGAGGGAAACCUCUUCUUCCUCUCUGGGAGAUCAGCUCGAAGAAAGAUCCAUAAUUCCCCAUCAAAUCGAGCCAUUUGUGCCGGACUUCGAGGCACGUCUGGCUUUCGUCCAGUGCCUGUGACCACUGUCGCGCUUACCAACUAAUUUGCAUUAUGACAAUUAGCACUUACACGACGGGUGCCAGGGCGGAAAUGACAUGUCAACUAGGCUCUUGCACUGUGAAAAAGCGAGUGCUUGCACCCGUCGUGUAAGUGCUAAUUGUCAUAAUGCAAAUUAGUUGGUAAGCACGACAGUUUGAAGCUGGUGGAGAUGUAUUUAUCAUCAAUUCUUAGAUACAUGUAAGGAAAAUAAGCUAAAAGGCAUAUUUUAAAGCCAUUUUGCAUUAUUUGGUUCAACGGCCAAUCGAUGUAUGGAGGUGAAACCAGUCUUUGACCCAUCUGGUCACAUUGGCAGGGAAAUUGAGAACCAAUUUAUUGAGGGUUUGCCUUGGUGUAACUUAAAUUAAAGGGAAAAGCAAGGUUUUGAUUGUAAACACACUUCCGACAAACAAACAUAUCCCGCGACCUAUAAAGUCAUAAAAUUGUCUGCGAAGUGAGACAGCAUCUUUUAAGAGUUUGUUUAUGGUUUGUUGCUAGGUGACUGUGACUUUCUUUUUCUUUUGUUUCAACUUCAUUAGCAUACAUUACCAUACCCAAAAACAAAAGAAAAACAAAAAGUACCUGAGAUAAAAAAUUAACUACAACUUAUACAUACUCAACUCAUGUCCAGGGACAUACGUGAUCACAAACCCUGCUAUCGCAAGGAAUAACAAUUUAGCUAGCCGUGGGCUCUCUUACCCUGUAAAUUUUGGGGUAGUCAAAAACCCGAAUACGUCAUUACAUGUACCAGGGUUCCAACUGAGGACACAUCUUUUCUUUCAAUAGUAACAACAAAAACUGUGUAGGAAUAUUUUAUUUAGUACUGAGGCACUUCAGGUAAAAGAGUAGUGUCAUAAGAAAAAAAAAUCAGUCAUUUUCAGUGUUGUUAUAACUUGCUUAUUUUUGAUAUGUAUGUACAUUUAAAUAUCACUGUAUUAUGUUCAACAUGUCGACUGAAUUAAUUUUUCAGGGCACAAUUCCCAGAUUACUAGAAGGGAAAAUGUUGGUGAGUACGGUUUUGUGAUUUUUUGCAAUUUUGUUUUGUUCUUUGUAGGGAAACUCUUUCUCAACUUAUUUUCCUUCCCAUAUAAUUGUUAUUAAUUACACUUGUUUUCUUUCGACAGUCCUAUAUCAGAUGUACAAAUGUAGACUAUGUAUCACAGAGGUAAGCAAAGUAUUUUAAUUAGGCAAGUAACAAAAUUGGCCAUAACAAAAGGAGACCUCUGAUGUAAAGUUUUGCUUGAGACCUCUCUCAAAAGUUCCUUUUAACCUAUCCGGUCAGGCAGUUGGUGUAGUAAAGAAUGAUGCUCUUGUAACUGUACAUUCUGCCUGAUUGCUCCAGCUCUUUGUGUUGCAUUAUACACGCAUCUAGACUUCUAUAACCAUGCAAAAAAAAUAUGUAGAGAAUUCCCAAGGUAUUCUCAAAAUUCUAAAACUACCCAAGGUACUACAGGUACUUCAGUUGCUAUCAAAAAUUGCAGUUUCUUGUAGGAGUAUCUGUAUUGUGAAAUUUGUCUUUGAUUUCAGGGAAGAACCAUUUUAUGAUAUCCAACUGAAUGUCAAAGGAAAGAAAGACAGUAAGUAAAAUAACUCCUCCAUGAAGAUUUGUACAGUGUUUUGACUGUAUUUUUGCUACUCUGCAUGUGGAGUGUUAGUAAGUGCUUGUAUGAUUAAUGGAUAAAUAUUCACCCUAAAUGGCCUGACUGUGGGCCUGUUACCAUUUUUUCCUUCAAAGUACAACAGUUACUAGACAUUUUCCUGAGCUUUUGCUCCUUGGUUUGUUCUUAUUAUUUUCAUCCCAAAACGUUGUUGCCAAAAUUAAUUCCAGUCUGAACAUAAACAUGAAACAUACACUGUUGUGACUCAGGCUAUUAGGUAGAAAACAGCUGAUUAUAAAUUGUUUGUCUGAGACAUUACACCUUUUGAGCUGGUAAUUGUUUUGUUUUUCCAAUUCAGACCAUGUGAUGUUCUCCAGGAAAUACACCUGUUAUCUUUUCGUAAAUUGCAUGCACAAUGCGCGUUGAUGGAUGUGCAUAUAGUAGGAUGACAUGAAACAGUUGUCUGGGGUAGCAUCUUGUGGUCUAAAAUGGGAAGACAAAACAUACAAUUUAACAGGUCUCUAGGGUACCUUGAUGUUACAGCUUUCUGUUACUGUUUUGCAGUUUAUGAGUCUUUUAAAGAGUAUAUUGCUGUGGAAACAUUAGAUGGUGACAAUAAGUAUGAUGCAGGGGAAUAUGGUCUUCAGGUUAGUGUCAAAUUGUUCUUGUUACUUCAUAGUAUGGGUAUAAUUCUUUAUCAAGUUGUCUGAUGAGGAUUUUAUUACAGUCACUAAGGGCGCUUUCUAAAGUCAUUUGUGGCUGGCCAGACUGGUCAAUUUUUUAAAAUUAUCCAAAAACUCAUCUCCUUUGUGCACACCAUUUGGGAAUAAACUGAUCUGGCUGGAAAGUAAAAUAGUGAAAUUGUCUUUAUGACUGCACUGGUCUGGCUAGUCAGUUCUGAUGGUAAGUGCCCUAAAUCAGAAUCUUUAGUCCUGUUAUUUUUUUGUGACUUAGCAAAUGGCCCUAUAGUAACAUUCUGUCCAAGAUUACAGUUAAAUGCAUAUUUGACAACCUUUUACUCUAGCAAUCAGGAGGAAUCUUUUAAAAUUUCAAGUUUUUGUCUUUAUCAUUGUUUACUGAUGUCAAUACUAAAUUGCCUGGUGAGAUUGGUAGACACCUGACAAACAAAUCCAGUUGAGUUUUCAAGUUGAGUUUGAUAUCCAAUAGAUCAAUACUGUAAGAAUUAAAAUGAUGCUUCUUUUCAAUUCAUUGCAAAGUUUAGAAAGGUUUCUUCCUCUUUAUAAUAUUGUCAAAGAUGUUGUGGUUACACUGUGUUACUAUACAUUUUUGUAUUCGUUUUGUUCUCAUACUAGGAAGCGAAGAAGGGUGUAAUUUUUGCUAAAUUUCCUCCAGUCCUUCAUCUUCAGUUGAUGAGAUUUCAGUAUGAUCCCAUGACAGACACAAAUGUUAAAAUAAAUGACAGGUUUGUUUGCGUUAAGAUUUGUAAAUAGGUAUUAACAUUGAAUGACUGUCCACUUUCCUUUUAAGACAAAGCUCCAUUUAGACCCGGGGGGGAUGCUUGUCGUAAAAUUCAAUAAAAUUAAACUCCAAAGGGAGGCCAAUGUAGGUGUGACUCAGUAAGGGUUUUUUGGUUUUUGACCCCUAAAAAAGACCAUACUAAAAGAGAUAUCUAAAUAAGAGCGAGACUGUUUUUUAUUGUGCUGAAGAUGUUAACAUAGAAUGCGUUCUGUGUAGACAGUGUCACAGCAUUUUUUGUAAAUUUCUUUAUGCACAGCCCUACGUGAUACCUGAAUGGGCAAAUAUAGUGACUUUCCGUCCCAAAUACCCUAAGUGAGACCAUGAGCGAUGAGCAUCCCUGUCACUUGUAUAUGGGAGUCUCCCCUCGGCAUUAAGCAUUGUAAUUCAUAACCCAUGCCUAGACAACAAGAUACACCUCAGUUUUCUGAGGUUAAGUAGAGUGACUGAGUAUAAGUAAAUGAGUAUGCAUAAAAACCUGCCAUUUGAAUACAGAAGAUUAAGGCUGUUCAUAUGGCACCGGAUGAACUUUUGAUCGGUGAAAAAUUGCUGUGUUUGAGUUUGCUGUUGACAUGGUACCACAUAAACUGCACAAGAAUUCAAAUGCCUAUCCAUUCAAAGUUAAUAAUAAUUUUAUUAUAAUAGAUCAGCUGAGUAUAAAAAAAACAGCUGGUAUAAACCUAUGUGCAGUAAUAAAAUUUUUCACGACUAAAAAAGUAGCGCAUAGUAAAAACGCGGAAAGACUAAUAUAUACAAUAGAAAAAGUACACGUUAAAAAAAAAUAAAAAUAAAUAGAUAAAUAAAUAAAUAAUUAAAUAAAAUAAAUUAAUUUAAAACAUAAAUUUAUUAUGUGUUUUGUCUUUAUUUUUAAAAUAUUUAAAUGUUUUUCCUUUUAAUGUUCCUAAAAUUAGGCCAUCACCCCUUACUUGAUCCUUUGCUUUAGUAAAUUUAAAAGUAAAAAAAAAAAAAAAAUAAAUAGAUAAAUAAAUGAAUAAGUAAAUAAAAUGAAUUAAUCUACAACCUACAUUUAUUCUGUGUUUUGUCUUGUUCUUGCAAAUACUUAAAUGUUUUUCCUUUAAAAGAUCCUAAAAUUAGGCCAUCAGCCCGUAAUUGAUCCUUUGCUCCAGUGAAUUUAAAAGUAAACUGGCCAAUAGUGGAUUUUACUUUAGGCAGAUCGGAUCUCAAGGUCAUAUAUAAUUUAUGACGUCGCGAAGGACAAUGUUGAUUGUUAACAAUUUUGAACUCUAGCUAACGCAUAUAUCUUAUCCUACUAGACAGCGUUAAGAGUCCUAGUUUGUCUAUCAUAGUUUGUGAACAAGUCAGGUAGUUUGCCCUUAAGAUAGUCCUCAUAGACUUGUUUUAUAAUCGUCUUAAAAAAUCAGCGUUUUUGAUGGAGCAGGAUCCUUAUAUAAUGGUAAUACAACCGUAAUCUAAAACAGGUAAAAUUGUCGCUUUGUAAAUCUUCAAAAGGGUAGUUGUAUCCAGAAAGGACAAAAUCCUAUGCAGCAGCUUAACUUUAGGGUAGACUCUGGAGGCGACAUAAGAUAUGUCAGAUAUGUGACUGUUCCACGACAACGAUUCGUCUACUAUCACACCGAGGUACUUAAAGGAUCUCUUCUGCUCUAGAAUCGAAUCACCGUAAGGUAUACGCACAUCUCUGGCCGUUUUUACGGCUCUGUGUGAUGGAAUAACCAUUGACACUGUCUCUUUCGUGUUACCAAGAAGACCGUUAUUAGAGAACCACUGGUUAAAGCUUUUGAGAUCCUCAUUAAUUCUGUACUCGGCCUCGCCAACGACUUUGGAACCGAUUCGAAUGUGGGUAUCGUCUGCGAAUAACGCAACAUCAGAAUUGUGAAAUGCUUUAGAUAUGUUGUUUAUAUGAAUUUUAAACAAAGUUGGACCCAGGACCGACCCUUGGGGGACUCCAAACGGGAGAUGUCGAAGCUUAGAAGCGGAUCUCUACAUACAACAAAUUGAGAUCCGCCUAACAGGUAGCUAUUAAACCACUGAGGAGCGUUCCCUUUAAUACCAUAAGAUUCAAGUUUGGCAAGCAGUAUAUCAUGCCUGAUGACAUCAAACGCUUUUCUUAAGUCUAGAAAAACGCAAACAGACUUUAGACCAUCGUCGAUGGCAAACUUCCAAGAGUCUACUACUUGGAGCAAUGCCACUGUCGUUGAAGAAAACUUGGAGUAGGCGAAUUGAUGCUGUUCUAUGAGACCGACCUCGUGUGCAAAAUGUCGCUAGUCGGUGUUAAAAGUUCCGUGAGAAGAGAGUGAAAACAGUGAACAAACCUCUGUGAAUGAAGCGUCUGGCCAAACUUUGCAUCCGGUCGAAAAUUUGUCUGAUGCCCUGUAAACGUAGCCUUACUGCACACAACUUUGCAGGGACAUCAAAAAACGGUAAAAGCUUAUCAAAAAUGAUGAAUAAAUAGUAUUCUUGAAGAAUUCAAUGCAUAAGUUUGCUCUAUAUUUUUGUAGCAAUUUGCACCUGAUACUUAAUGUCUGUCACAGUGAUGAUUCCCUUUGUUUUAUAUUCACAGAUAAGUCACUGUGUUUUGCGAGGUGUGUUUUGUUGAAAAAGUUUUGUCAUCCUUGUUAAAAUUUCAGAUGUGAAUUUAUGGAGAAGCUCAAUUUAAAUCAAUUUCUUCAAGACCCUGCAGAUCAUUUAGGACAUUAUACAUUACAUGCUGUUCUUGUACAUAGUGGUAAGUGCAGAGCAUCUUUUAUUGUGGGAAAAAAAAGACCAAAAAAAAAAACGAAAAAAAAAACAAAUUAAAUCAGUUGCUGCAUGUCUGCAUGUUACCUUAUAGUUUUCACUGUUCCUUUAUAAUGAGGAAAUAUAAUAUGUCCGAAGGAUUUCCAGAAUUUCUCACUUCAUACAAAAUUUAUUGACGUUUAAUUUUACUUUAAACAAGUGCUAUGCAACUAUACCACUUAAUUCACACUACACUAUGCCAAUACACCGUAAUAAUGCAUGUAAGCCUGUUAACCCAACCUGGACAGAGUGUAGGUAUAAAUUUUAACAGUUGAGGGUUGAUUAUCACAUUUACGGUAAGGUACGUUUUUUUUACAUCUGCCUUGGAACUGAAGUGUACAACUGCACGUGAUUUUUUGGGGUUGCAACUGUUGAUUAUUGAUGCAAUUUUUGGUCUUCAAAAACUACAUCUUUUUCUUGUGAACUCUCGUCCUUUGCGUCACUGACAGACGUUUGCUGAGUGAAAGUUGUCUUUUGUUGUGAUUCUGCUAACAUGGCGUAAAUCUUCGUUUUGGAGCAUGUCACUUGGCAAGUUUCUCUGGUAGGGCCUCCUAGUAUAAUUCUGGCCUGGUUGUUCACGGAUCUUGCCCCAUACCAUGCAUAAAAGUCGUCAUUCUUCUGUCUUAAUUACAUGUACCACUACAAACUAGAUCAAAGUUCAUUUAACAAUAAUUUGCUGUAAUGAUAAUGUGCUGUGUCUUCUCAAUAACAGGAGAUAAUCAUGGUGGACAUUAUGUGGUCUACGUUAACCCGAAGGGUGAUGGAAGGGUAAGCCGCUGACUUAUGUAUCUUUAUUAUUCCUUGUCUUGUUCAAAAACAUCAACAACAGCAUAACAAUGUACAGUAUGUAUAUGUGGAACAAUAGCAGAGGUAAAGAUAAUAGUUGAAAUUGUAGAGAUUAUUUAGAAUUUUAAAUGUUGUAAUGCUGAUAGGAGUAUCAACAUUGACAUUUUCAUUGAGUAGUUAGUACUGCAUUGUUGUUAAGAAACUGUGCUCUAGUCUCCAGUUUUCUUUUCUUUUUUCUUGGAGAGGCGGGGGAUGGGGAUAGUGCUUAUUGUUAAGGUGUGAUCCUCUCCAGUUCUUUUUCUGGGAAUUCUCAGCCAUGUCUCAGCAGCAAUCCCGCAAUAGCAAUAGCAAUCCCACUUAGAGACGUAACACUUUCCGCAAGACAACAGCAGUAGUAGGAUGACGGGCCUGUGCUGCUGCUCCACAAGACACCUGCCGGACGCGACACCUUCGCUGUUUGCUCAAGUCCCGUUUACGUCGUUGGAGUAAACUUCAAUAUUCCACAUUCUCUCAUUAAAAAAUGAGGUUGCGCUUUAAGGUUUCCACGAACCAGUUGGUUUAUCGUGCCACCAUCACUAGACAGACUGCUAACCAAAGCUCAGCGAGUUCCAUCUACCCUCAUCAAGGUAGUCUAUACCGCGCCAGACUCCAACCUGGCAUUUUCCUUUUUUGGUAGAGGGGGACCCAUGUCCAUUUACCAUAUCUUCGCGGGCAAUCGUAACCCUGACUGAGCUUUUUUAGGGGUGCUGUUAAUACAGGCGUAUGCUCCGUUUAAGUAAAUACAGUAAGUGCCAUAUUUCUGAUAUAGUCAUGUUUUCAAAUUUUAGUGGUGCAAAUUUGAUGACGAUGUUGUAUCAUUGGUAAGUGAGUAGUAGGGUGAAUUUACUGCCCUUUCAUGAGUGUGUCAAUCUUUUUAUGAUUCCUCUCUCACAUACAGUACCUCAGAAGAUCGUUUUUCUCUCUUUUGCUGCUUUGGCGAUGUUGAUCUCUAAUCUUACACUCGUUACGCUUAUUUUCACGUCCCUUAUUUAUGGGUGCGCUUGUAUUGUCGUAUUCUUCUAUUAUAAAAAUGCAAAGAAAAAUUGUAGGGAAUCCCUUCUAUAAGAAUUUCUGAGUGAGUGACACCUCGCGAGCUCAACUACGGUGGCAACAAGAACUUUAUAAAGAUAUGAGCAAAAGAACAGAUCUGCACGUGAAUUAUACUAGGCCGCUUGUGCAAAGACGUUUUUGAGCGACGCACGUCAACCGGAAGUAAGCCUUUUUCUCUUUCAACAUGCCUUGACGCUACAGAUUUGUAUUGCUUAGUGUUUUUUACUCUUACAGAGACGAUUUGCCCGAACAUUUGAUCAAAAUCACAGCUCACGAUUGCCAAAAGUUCACUUCCGGCAGUUGACGUUCAUCACUCUAAAACCAUUUGGCACAUUUCUUUGAAGUCUACUUCACGACUACGACGUGAAACGCAACGUUUUAUGAAGGACCUAAGCACACAACUGGAUGACGAGUUUUCCUUUCUCUUUUUUGAUCAUGGAUACUGUCCUCAACAUCCAUCCCCCGGAGGAUUCGUUCACUUGUAACAAAUUGAGUGGGGCUAAAUAACCGGACAUUAAUAGAAUUAUGUGCAAAUUCAUAUUUAGUGACGUUUUCACUGCUGUAUUCGUCGUGGUUGUCUGCAUCUGUAGGUUGGAAUGUAAUAAUAACAAUGAUACUGAAAUUAAUUUUCGUUUCAUUAUAUCAGGCUACCAAAAAAGAAGCAAUUGACAAUAACUUUGGAGGAUAUGAGGUACAGUAUACAGCAAAUAUAUACUGACAGUUGUCUCGGAGUUGGUUAUGAUUAUAAAAUUAAAAGGUACAAGGAUGGUGCGCAACUCCAUUAGGAUUUGCUCCACGUCAUCACCCCGGCCAUCACUCUAUCUUAUUGCCACUUUUCAGUACCAAAAUGACGCAGUUUUCAGCGAUAUUUAAAAUUCUAUUUCAGACAGAACGAGCAUCUUUAUCUGUUACUAUCUGAUCAAUGUAUUGUUAUUUUGCAGGAUGACAUAACUGUAAAACACUGUACAAAUGCGUACAUGUUAGUUUACAUCAGAGACAGUGAAAUGAGUAAGUAUCACAGCAUAUUAUACCAGUAAUCAGUAGAAAUUUUUUACAGUUUUUUUUGUUUUUGCGUGACAACUAAUACCAGUGGAAGUACAUGUAGCUAGCGACAAGCUGCAUGUAGGCUACAAGUUGAAGAGAGAAAGGGAACUUUCUUCAGUUCUAUUUUCAGCAUCAUCAAGGGCCGCAAUGUGUAUUUUUUCGGUCACCGGUCGUUUCGAUGUAAGUCGUAAUCUUUCGCCCGAUUUAAUAGCGCCGAAAGAAGGACGACCUCUCCCGAAUUCGUCACUCGCGCUGCCGCUUCGUGGCCUAAAAAGCCUGGGCUCGCCCUGCUCUCUUUGACUCGUGAGGUCCUGUGGCAAGUCUAAUUCAGUCGAGGUGUAAAUAGUUUCACGUACUUGGCUUAGAGAACGAGGAAUGUUUUUCUUGUUCACGUGCAAACUAUGCGUGAUGCGAUCGAAAUUGUUGUACAGUUUCACUGUUUGAGUUCGUAUCGAAACGACCGGUUUGCAUUGAUUCAAUUCACGCUCUUUGACGUCUGUAACGAGAAAAAUCUUAGCGUAUGUAGUGCUUUGACACUGCACGACGCCACUUUGCCUACUGGAAAUCAGAGAGUGAGAAUAUUCUCAGGUCUAGUCAUGACUUGUGGCCUGUUUGGUAACGUUCACAUAAAAAGGAGGAACCUUAAGCAUCGACGACGAAAGAGACGGCGACAGCGAACUGCACCGUGAAAAGACUGGAUCGUGAACGUCGUUCACGGCGGGAAAAUUCGAGAUUUAAGCGCUCGCUUGCUGUGGACGACGAGUUUUCCAUGUAAACAAAGGAAAUGCGAAUGAGCGAAGUACUCAAAAAUGUCUUUUCACGGUCUGCCCUAAACGUUCCAUAGCGCUUUGCCUGUGUUCCUCUCGAGCUGCUCCUUCUUCCUUUUCUUUUUUCUCGUCUUCGGAGCUUUUUUCGUCGGCCAACUUAAUUUUCCUGUCAAUUAUUUCUUUGAGAGCUUGGACUAGUUCGGUCUCUAAUUCGCAAGUGUUUCCAGUGGCAUUUUCCUCUUGGCCUAUUUUCGCUUUAUGCUUGGUAAUCAGCAAGGUCGGCAGUCUGUUUCUCAUGAAUCUUUUAUUGGCUUUGAUUUCCGUAUGAUCAAGGCCACUCAGGUUUACAGCUAUCUGGUUCCAUACAUCCCUCCUUUCCUUGCUUUUAUACGGAUGUUGAUAGCCAGGGUUCCAUAUCAUAAACACUUCUCGGCAUAACACCAAAUCAUGUUUGUCUGACUAUUCCACCUCCUUUACAAAGAAAAAUAAAACCAACGGUUUCUAAUGUUUGGCGACAAAUCACUACAGUUCUUAAAGAAAAAAAGGGCAGAACAAGUUGAUUUUGCACCUUUUUGACCUGUAAACCUUUUUGCUUCGCGAAAAGCUGGAAAACACAAACAAGAAAGUUUUGAUGCGACUCGCUGGUGCUUGUUUGCGAAGACCUAUAUCAAUCGAUUUUCUGGUGUUUUAAGUACAAAAAUACAAAGAAAAUAUACGUUGAAACUCGAAUACGCAGUUGAUAUGAAAUUUCUUUCAGGAAAGUGGAUUUAAGGGGUAAAAAUACGAGUAAAUUUACUCACGUUCACUGCUGGACGCCAAACCACGGGUUUUCACGUUCUCAACAGCAUCUGGACGACGAGCCGUGCGUGUGCAGUAGCGUUCAACUCGCCUCGGCCACUUCCGGUAGGUCGCCGUCGUCCCAUUCGUCGUCAAUGCUUAAGGACCCUAGUGAAGGGAGUGAACAAAUCAGGUUUAAUAUGGACAGCUAUUUAAGUUGGCAAGGCUCGGUAAAAAAGUGAACUCUUCGAUGGGAAACGCCCUUAUUAUUACUUACAAAACUGAUUUCGAACCCAAAACACAAACCUGGCUUCUACCUGUCAUAAGUCAGAAUUAUGUGAAUAGUAUAACUGAGGCUUGGCUUUGAAGGGAUAGAGAGAAUGAAAGAAACGGUGCCAAUUUCAUCCCUCGCACGCAUCCCGGCAAUGUAUGAAUUAUAAUAACGGUGUGUUGGUGUGAGAUAUACCUUUGGACACGUUUAAGGUUGAUUCUGGUUUUCAUUUGCUCGUUACGAUCACUACUGCCUUAGACUACGAGCAGUCUCUCUUUUUUCUUGGUCCGUCGAGCAAAAUGCCCGAGACACGCAAAUGAGCACGCGCGUGACUGAAGGCGCGAGACGGGAGAGGCUCUUUUUUCUUGUAGGGCUGCCGCCCUCGUUUCUCGUGUCUCGCGCGCGUGCACUCCCCUCACUAAAUUUGAAGAAAAAGAGAGACUGCUCGCAGUCUACUACUGCCUCACCGAAUAAUUACGACCAAAUCGUCGGUACUGACUAUGUGAAAACCACUCUUGAAAUAGACUGAAGUGAAUUCCAUCUCAGCGAUCGUCGUCGGAGUCGCCGCUGUGAUCGCUACUAUCUCUGAAAAAGCAAUAACGAUCUGACUAGUCGUAGUGUUUAUAUGAAAACCGGCCUUGAAAGUGUGUCGCAGACAUCACUUUUAUCCGGCCGUGAAGAGUUGUUUUUAUAUAAGCGCGGUCGCUGAACUUUCCGAGUUUAAGGGAACGUCAGUAAUGGAACCGGCUAAUGUAUUUGUACGCGUAAUUUAUGUUUCUCUUAUUUUAUGGUACAUUUACAGGGGAUAUUUUAGAGGAUGUAGAUGAGAGUUUAAUUCCUGAGACACUUGUACAGAGAUUACAGGAGGAAAAGUAAGAAACUUAACGUAACUUUAAUUACCCAUUUCUGUGCUCUAAGCUACGUUAUCUACGUGAGGUCUGGGCACAACCAUUUAUACAAAACUGAGUUUCAUUUGUGUGUGAACGAAAACACAUUUUCAAACUGUAUUAAGGUAUCAUCCACCCUCAAACGCCCUCCUCACGUUGAUCGGCGCUAGCGCUUUUGCUUUCAAUAAAUGCCCCAUAAACCGUACAUUUUCUGAAAGCUUAAUAGUUCCAGGUUGCUGCUUAUUCCUUUUUAAGAAUCAAAAUAUUAACGCGAUUCAAAAAUGAGAAGCUUCUUGUGAAAGUGGUUGUCACGGUGAAUUUAAGUCCUGGCCAGCCAAAAGUAAACGGAAUAAGCCAAUUACGAUCGCAUUCGCUUCCUAACGCGUUUGACAAAAAAACCGUGUCUUAGAUUUUUGUCUAGUGCGUUUGUUCUUUUGUUAUAAGCAUUUGAAGUUAAAGAUAGCAAAUCAUUAGCACUACCUGUGAAAAAAUACUCUAACUCGAAAACGAAAAAAGAAAUCAAAAUUCGAAGAGACGGUUUUUUAGGAAAAUUAUAUGACAGCCGGUAUGCUGGCCAAAUUUCAGCCAAAUUGGUUCACGGGUUGCCGACUUGGAGUUCAAAACGUACCUUCAACCACAGGUAGCCCAAGCUCGAAAUAUGAGCAUCGGCGAGCAUCGGCAUUGUUGCGUAACAUUCAAAAUAUAAGGAUUUGUAUGGGAAAAAAACCUAUCGUUUCUGUAACCUACGAAAAUAGCCGGUAUGCUGGCCAAAUUUCAGCCAAAUUGGUUCACGGGUUGCCGACUUGGAGUUCAAAACGUACCUUCAACCACAGGUAGCCCAAGCUCGAAAUAUGAGCAUCGGCGAGCAUCGGCAUUGUUGUGUAACAUUCAAAAUAUAAGGAUUUGUAUGGGAAAAAAACCUAUCGUUUCUGUAACCUACGAAAAUUAAAGGAUUUCAGUAAAAAAACAGCUUACCUUACUUAAAAUGUGUUACGUCUCUCCUGUGUGGUACACGGGCCGAUUUAUGGGUUUUUAUGUAAACGGUGAGCAGAUCGCGGCGGAAGAGAGAGCUAAUCAAGUAUGACAGGACUUGUCGACGAUCAAUUAAAAUAAUUAGCAUAGGAAAAACUUUUGCGCUCCACAAGUCUGCACUGAAAAAAACUUUUUUUCCUGGAAUUUUUUUUAAAAGAAAGCUCUUGACGAGCGUUAUGUUAGGUUCUGAAAAUUGCAAAUUUCGAAAAAUGAUAAUUUUUUAACCUUGGAUGAUACCUUUAGCGAUACAGGUGCAAGAGCUUCUCUGGUGUGCGCUUAAUACACUUGCCCUCUACACACCGGUUCUUUUUACAGAAAAGAUGGGAGGAAUAGUUUCAGACUCAUUGACGCUUGUGUCAACUAUGUACAGGGUGUCCGUCUCAUGAGUAGUCCCUGGUAAGAGGCAGGGAAAAAGUUACAGGCUCUUCCCUUCUCUCUUCCUGCCGUUUUUCUCUCGCUCGCUUUUCGCUGUUCGCGCGCUUUUUUUCGGUCAUCUGCACCGACCGAGAGCCCAGCACGGACUAACUUAAUACAGGUUUCAUUGUAAUUGUUUUUGGCUGGGGGUUGGUUUUCAGGAGACUUGAAGCACAAAGAAGAAAGGAAAGGCAAGAGGCGCACUUGUACAUGACUGUAGACGUAAGUUGAAUGCUGUUUGUAUUUACAAGUAUAUUUCUGGCUUUUGCUCCCUUAUAUAUUUCUUUUUGAGAGAGUAUGAAAAUCGCAGUUAAUCAUAGGAGUUUAUUCACCGGCUCAAAAGUUAGAACUAUUUUUGACCAGUAAGAGGGAAGGAUUUUUGAAAGUUACAAUGUAUAUUGGUAGUUAAGUAUUUCUCCUACCAUAAUUAUGAGGUUUAAAUUGUUAGACAUAUAUUUGAAGCUGAUUUUACAUCCGUGGCUUCUUAGGGCAUUCUUGUGUUGCGAGUGAAUAGAAAGCAUUAAUUUGUACUUAAUUUAAUGGGUUUAACUCUUUCGUGGUAGGUUAGGUUUUUCGAGUCACAUGCGUGCGUUCGUCAAAACAGCCACCAAAAUCCUUCAAGUAAACCACGGACAGUUUCUAGUAUUAUUUAUUUGGCGUUCCUUCAAGUCCUUUUUAUUGCGGUUUUUAUCAGGUUGUCACCGAAGACCAGUUUGCUGGACACCAAGGAUCUGAUCUCUUUGACGUGGAGAAAACCAAACCAAAGUUAGUUUUUACUGAUGAUAAAUUAAGGUGUUUCAGAACAAGCAUGGUUAAAGCUCGCACAAUGACAGUGGUCACGAAAAAUGCAUUUUAAUUGCUAAGGUAACGUGCAGGACUUGUUCUGCUGUUUCACCACGAUUCACCCCAGAAGCAGAGUUAAGUGGCAAGGGGCUCGUUUCUUAAAAUUUCCGAUGAUUAACGGACCCGGCGGAGAGCUGUUGUUGUUUUCACCAGCUCGCUAGACAACAACGAUCCUCAACAAUUUUUCUCUCUGUAUUGGCUCUGCUGGAUCACGUGCUGCUGCUGUUUUUGGUCAAUUCUGUGUUUAAGUCAUUACUUUGUGCCUUUACCCAUACACGAAAUGCUCCUGUAGAGUUAUGAAGAGGAUAUCAAACAAGUUUUAUCACUUACCACUAAACAUAAUAUGUUUUGGUAGUUUUGCUGGCGUAGUAUUAAAACGUAGAAAAAAAUGGCGCAUGGUUUUCAAGUUUCCAUCCAUGCCCAUUCCUGCCAUCCGUAGCAAUGAUAUGAAGCAGUUUCAAUGCCUAAUGUAGUCUUGGAUAAUGAAACUGGACCAUUGUAAUCUAAAUGUUGCACAUACACGUUGUGGCCUUUCAAAAAGAGUUAUAGCAAACAGCGUAACGUAGCCCUUUCGACCUUUCUGUCGGAUUGAGUGGACCUGUGGUUCCUUCUGUCCACGCCCGCGAAUAAGUCGGAUAUGCGUUUAAGAGUUCUUCACCUUAUUUUCAUUUGAGUUGCUUUAAAUCAGUGAGGAAGUUAUAGCUUUCCUGUCCUAUGAAACUGUCCACCAUUAAUAUGUGUUGCCCCUAUCGACUAGCUAGAGAUAUUUAGGGGGUACUUAUUCUUCUUCUGUGAUUAUUAUAUUAAAGCUGUUUUGUUGAAUAAUUGAUCACUCAUGACUGUGUACCUCCUCUGGGCUCUCUAGGAAUUGCCCUUCCAAAUGUAACCAGUUUGGUAGGUUUUUUCAAAUGUUCUUUUUUACGGUUUGUAGGAGUUUCAAAGUUCUAAAAUCAAAGAAACUUCACGAAGUAUUGGAUAUCCUGGCCGAGGGUUUGGUGAGAAAAAAAAAUUAUUGUGUACUAUAUUUCCACACAAGUUGUCGAGGAAAUGGGAGGUGAUGAUGUGUUUUUGUUGUUCUUACUGGUAGGGCUAUCCAGUUAAUCAAAUCAGGCCGUGGCCUCUUCAGCCACGAAGUAAUGGUACAACAAGACCCAGCUUAUUAGACAUAGAAGCUAACUUCGACAAGACUGUAAGUUCAUUUGAGAUGCCUUAAGAUACACUUUUUGGAUUAAGAAUUUCUUUUAUUAAUAACCUGGUUUUAAAACUCAAAGAAACACACUAAGUAGGAUAAUCAAACGUUCCUGUUUGUAAUACAAACGUCUGUAUUAAAUAAGGCUGUUCGUGCAUUCCUUGUGACAUCGCAUGCCCUCAUCCGAGGAGUUUUUUUGGCUUUUGAUAUUCCAUAGAACUGAGUUACCUUCUCCACAUGAGUAGUAAACUAUGAAUUUUUGUUCGUUCCUAAGAUUUCUUUUAUUUCCUUUUUAGCUGGGGCAGAUUGUUGACGGCUCUCAGUGGUUUCUCUUCGUAGAAACUGUUGAUCCUGGUAAGGCUGUGAUUCAAAGAAACGAUUCUGAUUGCCUGAAAGAAACCAAUCUGAAUGAUUUUAUUUACCAUUUCAACUAAUGAAAACAUACACUGAUUCAGUCUUUUCCUUGUAUUUCACUUGUUUGCUAUACUUGCUCGCUACAUUUUAAGAUUUUGAAAUGCCAAACAAAAUGGUAAUGUAAUUUUAAAAACUAUAACAGUCUAUUCGUGCUGGUGUAUAGUACUUAACUGACAUUCAAUCUAACUUCAGUGUUUUUUUUGUCUUUAUAGAGGAUGGUAAAGUAGGCUUACCAAUGUUCGACAAGCAAAGUGAGUCUAUAAUGCUAAGCUUUGACGGGGUGGAAUUGAUUUAGAAAGAAGCUAUACACUUGAAUCUUUACAAGCUACUACAUCCAUACGAGCACCGUGCUCUUAUUAUUUCCCUUUGCUAAUAGGCAGGUCACCUUUCAUGACCCUACAAUUCAAAAUUCUGCAAAAAUCGCAAAUGUUGACCAAUAUUAAAGACCAUCCCUGUAUUUCACUCCAGUGAGCGUAAGCAAUAAAAGACGGUAAAGACGGCAAUAUACAUUAAGUUACUGUAUUUUGUUACCCUCACGCCUUUGAUCACAUGAAUGCGGGAAAGGUCUGUAGCCCUGCUCUCACUGAUCUUGAAAUUCUGCUCGUUUGUGUGGUCGUAAUAACGUGGAGGUCGUGUAAACAAGGAGAUCGAAAUGAAGGGCUGCACUGUACAGAGAAAUAAACAGCUUUAGAUGCAAGUACGUGAUCACUGAAUGGCAGCACAAGAUGUUAUAUGGUAAAAAGCAAGAAGUUUAAUUGGACCUCUCCUUACCGCAGACACUUCUCUAUUACAGCCAGUUUUCAUAGUUCGAAAAAUACUCAACUUGAUACUAUCCUUACUUCUUAAGGACACCUCUGUGAUUAGGACACUUAGCUAUACCCCUUUGGUGUCUGUAUUAAUGAGGUUUGACGUAACUUUACGUGUCUCUGUGACCUACUAUGUUAGUAAGGGUAAGUAAGUAACGUUUCUCAUUACAGCUCAGCUUUGUUUUUUUGCUACAGAUGACGUGUUGUUAUUCUUCAAACACUACGAUCCGAAACAGAAAACUCUAGCUUGUGUGGGGCAUUUAUACACUCCUUUAUCUACGAAGUUUGGUAAGCUAAAGAAACUGAAGUGUGAUAAUCUCGUGAUGUUGUGGUUCGUGUUGUUUAGCUAGACUUUUUUGUCCUGUCAUGCACCAAAAGCCAGUGACGCCGGAAUGUUUUCACGUGCAGUUUUAACAAAUCUUUGCGUCCAGAGCAGAUUGUUAGCAAGGUGUACUGUUAUUGAGGAGUCUUUGAUAUCAAUUUGUUAGAUUUCUCAGUCCUUUUGGAGUGCUUGGGUGUAUUGUCAUUUGUAAUAGGCUUAGGCUAUUUCCACACUAGGCAGUCUAAAGUCGCGAACUUCAGCGUCUUCAGCUUUCCUCCACAGGUUAACUAUCGUAAAUGGAUAUUUUUCAGUUAUGGUCUCCAGAGUAAAUCAUAAUAUCACUUCAGUAUCGUUAAUCUUAUGGUGUGGACUCGUGCAGAUAUAUCCUGAAGCCGCUGAUGACAUGUUUGUUCCCAACAUAGGCACAAAAUAAACGAUAUUUCAAAUUGUCAUUCACAGGUAGAAGCUGUCUACGAUUAACAUUUCUUAUUCUGUUGCUUCUUAGUUGAUGUCAUUCCAGCGCUGUGUGAGCGAGCAGGUUUGUCUCAGGGAACAUCGAUAGCCAUGUUUGAGGUGAGAUACUGCUACCUUACCACACAAUCUGCUUGACUCGGGAACAUUUUCACAUCAUUGUCUUUUCUUCUUAUAAUGUCUCAUGUAAUUGAAUUGCUGCAUUUUAGUUUUCUAAACGAUGCAAUGAGUAGAUAUAUUUUAAAUUUUAUUCUGAUUCACAGGAAAUAAAAGCCACCUACGUAGAACAAAUAAAAGACUUGAAUGUUACCUUUGAACGGGUGAGUUUUUAAUCUGAGUUAAAUAACUAGACUAAGAGUUUCUCUGCAAAACUCAAGAAGUAUAACCCAUAACACAGUUUGUUUUUAGAUCGUCACUUGGUUGUAGUCAUAUUCAGAUUUAUUUUCUUUGUUGCUCUUGGCGAAUCUGAAUAUUAUAUGAGUUCACACUAGACGCUAAGUCGGUUUUAAGCAGACUCAGCCCAAGUCAACCUAAGUCAGUCUAAGAACGCUUUGUGACUUAUUUUUUUCACAAGUUUCUUCCGGCUGUGGUGGGGAGUUAUCUAGGGUAGAAGUGCUAGGCUGUGAAUCUGACGUUUCCAAGUUUACUGUUGGCGAAACGCUUCCAUCUGUCUCACCCACUACAUUUCCCGCCAUUUCGCUUGACUUACUCUUUCCUGGGAUUACACUUGACGCACUGAUCGUCAUUCGGUCUGGAUUGAACGCAUCUACCGAGCCCAAUAUUUCGUAUAAUUCGCUGUAGAACUUGCAGCCGGCUUGAAGUUUCUUUGCGCCCUCCUCACUUGUGGAUGCCAGUUCGUGCUUGGUGGUAUUCGUAUUCGAGGGUCUUGAUCCUCUUUUUGUCCUGUUCGAAGUUCUUGUUAGUGCUCAACCCCAGUUCUGCACUGUUACUUAAAACGUUCUUUAGGAUUUGGCUCCAUAAAGUCUUUCUUCGAGGAACAGAAACUAACUUUAAAGAUUCGUACUGUGCACCCCAGUAAUCCAGCAGUAUGUUUGUUUCUUCUACUCCAGCCGACUCUGGUGCGAAGUAGAAUCCGUUAGCGAGUCAGAGUCCGACGCAGAAUUCAACAUAGCAGAAUAGUACGUGAAAGACCCCAUCCAGGUUGUUCUUGGUAAUCGCACUACGGGUCUAUAGAAAGACACGAUAGGAAAUCCUUGAGCCUUGAGAAAAAAUUAUGGACGCAACAAAAUGGCUAAACUUACUUUGAAUAUGAGGGGAAGAACGUGGAAGACGGCACCCGUAACGAGGGAUUUUGACUGAUAUAUUUUUCGAGCGUUUGACAGAUUUUUCUUAUCAGAACCGAUCAUGCUACCUUUAAAGCAAGCGUCAAGUGGUGUUUGCAAGAGUCUAAUGAAUGUCUUAGCCCCUUUGAGUUUGCCGCUCUUAAGUCGGGACUUCAGUUCACACCUAUGACUUUUGUUAAGUCGACUUAGGAGGCGUCUAAGACAGAUUUAGUGGUCUAGUAUGAACCCAACUAUAUUAUACAUGGUGGGUGGGAGCUUUAACAGCUAAAAUAUAAAGAUUGUGACUGUACGUUAAAGUAUCAGUGUUUUUAUUGACGUACUUGGGUAACUUCACGAGAGACAAGUUGCAUGAACGAUGAAGUGAUGAAUUGUUGGUCACUACGGGACGGGCGCUAUAUCCACCGUGCUAUGGAGACACGCAUGAAGAGCAAUGCUAUUGACUACGUUCAUGUGUGACACGCAACAAGUGAAAAAGGUCUUGACUGUAAAAGAAAAUUAUCCUCUUUAAAACUGUAUGGAAUGUAUGCAGAAAAUGAUGGAGUUCGUGCAUACUGUCCCUGAUAUUAGGGUUUUAAGGAUCACUGGAAUGUUCCCUUAGAGGGCUGUGAGAGUGGUGCAAAAGUGAAAGAUGGAAUUGAAGGGUGUGAUUCGCAUAGCAUUGAAGAGAAGAAAUCAUGGAAGUCAUGUUAGCUAACAGGUGUAUUAUUCAGCAAAAGUCACUCACUAAAGAUUUUAUUGUGUUUUGUUAACAGGGAGUGGACGAGCUCAUGGAUGGAGACAUCAUUUGUUUUCAGAGGUCUGUAGUUCUUAAUUUCUUGUUCCUUGUUAGUAAUAUCGAGAUUAAAAUACAUAUUAAAUAAUAUUCCUUUUCAUGGAUUUGUUAUCUUUGAGGUCAUAUAGACCCCAUCAUAUACCCGCCUUCACAUAACGCAUAAAAUCUCCCGCCGUUUUAACGCCCAAAACAGCUAAACCGCAGCGCUUGUCUUUGUGUGACGUUGUUGGGUUCCUGUUUCAGUCUACUAUUUUUUCAGCGUGAGGUGAACAGCGAACAUCUCCCAAAUGUAGUUUAUGCAAGGUGUUACACGAUGAAGAAUUACUCGGGGAAUUAAAGGAAUAUUGUCAGUAAAUGUUAAUGUUAGCUUGUUGUUCUGCGCAGGUGGGAUCAAGAUCUUUUGACCACAAGUGAAUUACCAACCGUGAACGAUUAUUUCAGGUAAACUACAAGAAAGAGUUUACUUGAGCAUUGUGCAAAUAAUUGAUUUAUUUCGAUCAUUGGGAUCUGUUGUGACAUGACUGUGAACUGAACAAGCUGCAUUAUGUUUUUCUGCAGAGAUCUUCACAACAGAGUUGAAGUUUUGUUUUGUGACAAGAAUGUUGCAAACGACCCAGGUUUUAGUGUUACCCUUUCGCUGAGAAUGAACUACAUGCAGGUACGGUAUUUUUGUAUCUUUGUAUCAUGCGUGUCAUGUCUCUUCAUUCUUCUGUUGUUGUUUUAACAUUUCUAACAAUAAUCAAGGAUUCCGGGGUGCUUUCGACCGAUCUGGAUCCUAGGUUCUCUUUCUCCUAUGAAAAAUUGGUGAUGAGGUCAUUAGCCCCUUUAAGUGUUUGGUAGAUUUCAAGAAUGUAUAUACUCUUUUUAUCAUCAUUAUUUUCUAUCCGGGAUACUUAUCAUGUAUGUAGGUAGUCUGUGUCGCCCAUUAGCUGUAAAGCUAAAUACUUUGACACGUGAAUAAAGUUUUCAUUCAUUCAUUCAUUCUCACCUCAAUCUGUAUCAGGGGUGUGUUCUUCUGCGUCGAACGGAUAUAAUAAACUAAGCUAGUAGGAUACAUAUAUUCCAAGGAGAGAAUAAGAAUAAAUAAAAUGUAGGAAAAUUGCAGGGUGGUGUUCAAAACUUUGCUUGCCGACUCGUUAACGGUGAGAAAAAAAAUAUGAUCAUGCAACCCCGAGUGGACCAACUAUAUUAUCGCCAAGCUAUUAUGGCCUUCAAAUACGUGACCGGCCAAGCCCCUGAAUAUCUUACUUCCCAAGUUAUUACGUGUGAGCAAGUUAGCAAACGAACAACUCGGAGUUGCCAAAAGCUAAACAUCCUUCUUUUCAGAACAGCCUCCGGACUGAGAACUUUUUAUUACGGGACUAUUGAGCUUUGGAACAAUGUAGAACCUUCUCUUAAAUUAAGCCAAUCUGUUCACGUUUUAAAACGUCUCCAAAGGAACCAGCUUUUAGAUAAUUUUGUAAAUGCUUCUUAGUUAAGUUUAAAAAUAUUGUAAUUAUCAAUUAGUGAAGCAUUGUAAUUAACACUAAGUUUAGUGUUGUAAUUAGUUAAAUGUAAUGCUUGUAAAUAAUGAUUGUUUCUGAAAGCCCCUUUGGGAGGAAACAAUAAAGUAUGUAUGUGAGUAUGUAUGUAUAAUAAAGACAUCCUACACUGAAUAUUCAUCAGAGUAACUUUGCGUUGACCUGUGAUUGACACAACGAAAGAGUGGUAUUUGUGAUGUUGAACUGUCAGACCAACAGACGACUGUCACCAGAACCUGCAUAACAAAAAUAUAACAUAGGAAUAACAUUGGUCGAUUUCUUCUCUUUUCUACAAUCCAUAGGUUGCGAAGACUGUGUCAGCACAUCUCGAGGUUGAUCCGAUGAUGCUACAAUUUUUUAAAGGACAAGCGUAAGUCGGCGACUUUCAUUUCAGUGAAAUAAAAGAACCAUUUCAUUUGAGUGAAAGCAUAUACGAAAGGGACACAUUCAGUUUUCUGAAUGGCCCGGCUUUCUGCCCUACUCUUGGCUUCGGCCUGUGGCCAGUAAGAUAAACAGUAUGUUGUCUCACCUAUAUUGCAGUCAUUUAGGAACAAAUAUUACCAAUAUUUCACUUACGCAAUACCAAUAAUUCAUCCAAAUUGCAGAUAUCGCGAUGCUCCUGGAAACGCACUUCGGUGCACCUACGAGGGAACACUUCGAGAUCUGUUGAUUUAUUACAAGCCUCGUGGACCUAAGAAACUCUACUACCAAAUACUUACUAUUCCUAUAGACCAACUUGAAAACAAGAGACAAUUUAAAUGUAUUUGGGUGGCCAACCAGUUUAAGGAAGAGAGAGAACUGGUGCUGUUUCCAAACAAAGACGGUUCAGUGUCAGAUCUGCUAAAUGAAGCUCGUGAACAAGUAGACUUACAGCAAAACGGCACAGGAAAACUUCGGCUUCUUGAAAUCAUUAGCUCUAAAGUUUUCAACAUUGUCGCCAACGAUGUUCCUCUUGAACAUCUCAUCAGCCAAGCUCAAAGAACGUUCAGAAUAGAAGUAAGUUUACUGAACAGUUUGUCAUUAUUAACGUCAUCGUCAUCGUCAUCAUUAUCAUCAGGGAUUGCAGUAACUACCACGUAGCAGGGUUAAAAAGCUCAUGACGAGCUAAAUACGGUCCCUGAACCUGUAUAUUGUCUUUUGACUUGUUUUGUUUGUAGCGUUUCCAUGAGAAGGGAGGUUGCUGGGCUGGUCCUACAGGGGCGGGAAAACCUACAAUGGUUUCCAAUGCGAAGCAAUAUUUAUAACACUUUUAACAAUCCUCUCGUAACCUUUUCUCCUUCCCUUCCUGAAUUUUUUUUAAUUCUUCUCUACCCCACUUUGCAUCUUCAUCAUCAGUACCAUCACUCGUGAGCUUUCUUACUAUCAAUUUUAACUGUUAGCCAACGGAAUGUUUUUCCUGACAAAAAAAUGGUGAAGAUCUACAGUUUCACCUCUUGGAUCAAGGGAUAUAAAUGUAUAACAUAGAGCAUAGAAGUUACGGAAUGCAACAAUGUCGAAAAUAGCGUUUAACCUAGCAAUUUUUUGUCAGUACUAAAUGAGUAACAACUUUUUUCAGGAAAUUCCCGAGGAUGAAAUAGAACUAGGAAAAGAUGAAAUUUUAGUCCCAGUGGCGCACUUUAAUAAGGUAAAGCGUGUAACACUUUUUCCCCGUAUUUUAAGAACGCCGACUUGUUUUAAAGCUUGAUGUUCCCUACCCAACCUUUCUGAAGUUUUUUUUUUUUUUUUAAUGUAAUUUUCUCCUUCCGGCAGGAAAUUUAUCAAACAUUUGGGACUCCGUUCUUGAUCAGAAUUACCGACGUAAGUACUAUUGUUUUUGUUCGUAAGCAAUUCUGAAAACUUUGAAAUCCACGGUGUAAGGUAUCUUUCACUAUUAAACAAUAAAUUUAAGCUUUGUGUGAAAGUUUGCUUUUUUCAGUUUUUUUUUCUUGUGAGAUGGUAAAUAAAGUAGUAGGAGCACUUUGAAAAUACUUUAAGUUUGUUUUAACACUUAUUGAAGGCUGCCCUUUGCUUCCAGGGAGAGACGAUAAGCAAGUUUAAGGAAAGAGUAAAAGAAAAGAUCGAUAUUCAAGAUAAGGAAUUCGAAAAGGUGAGUAGUGAAUUUUCAGUUGUAGGUUCGCACGCUCGUUGUUCGAAAGGUACAGUCUGUACACGGUGCAACCGCCUCUUUCCCUGUCCCACACCCACGAAAAUCUAAGGUACUUCGAGGAAUUAGGCGUUCAUCGUAGUCCAAACACUUAAGUUAUAUAAUUUCUAUGAAUAUAUGAGUUUCCGCGCAUAUUGGUCGAAAGUUAUUAUCUCUUUGAUAUAUAGGUAAAAGAAACUACUUAACAAAUGUUAAACGGCUCAGCGUGUACUAUUGAGUUAUAUUACAGAAAACGUAUAUAUAUUCUUGCGCAACUUUUAACAAAUAGUUGGUGUUGAAGAAUAGUAGAGAGCUUUAGAUUCGAGGACGUGGACGACUUCGAGUACGAAAUUUUCUCAGUACUAAGUAGUGCACGCGCGUGAGCCAGCGUCAUUUUGGCGGGAAAUCGUGGUAGCCGUAGUCAUUCUACAUUGGGUCUUAACGAGAAUGUCGUAGUGGCGGGAACAAGUUAUCAAAUGUAAGAAGUUUUAUCGUUUUGCUAUCGGGAGAGGGCUUAGCCUGUUACAGUAUAAAUACUGAAAGAACAGAAAAAGAAAAAAAGAACACGCGCAAAAACGUUAAGUUAAACCUCGUACUCGUUCUCUUCAUCAAAUCUAUAGCUCUCUAUUUUUUUCUGAUAUAUUUUGCCCCAACAGCCGAAUCUUCUCCUGUCAUUACUAAGUUAUAGUUGCACGCGGGAGUUUACUAAGCACGAAGGAAGAGUGAGAUUCGGACGAACGAAAGCCGAGUGCGACUCUGCAGCUUCUUGAAUGCUUAGCAAUCCUCCCAAGUGCAACUAUAACACAACAGUGCACUCUACUAUGUAGCGCUUGGGGUUUGAGGCAUUUUAAUUCAAUAACUUGUCUGUUUGCCUUUCCAGGUUAAAUUGGCCGUCAUUCACAUGGGACGUGCCAUAUACCUCACAGAAGGUAACAAGUCUAUGAGUUGUCUUUUCGUAUUUUAAGCCUGUUAGAGAGUUGACAGUUCUCUAUUGUUAAGUCACUUGUAGCAUUUGACUCCUGAAGGUUUUCUUAUUACGUUUUUAUGGUUUCUGCUAACCACACUUUCGUAGCUGAUUGUUUUAAUCAUUCAAACCGUGACAUAAGCGAGUGAGCUGUUAUUUUUUUCCGUUACAGAAUCAGACAAGUCUAUUUCAGUCAAAGAUUUCCUUCCACAGACACCAGGUAAUUAAGAAAAAAUGUCUUACGUGUUUUCGUAAGAUUAAGCCUCCUAUGUUUGGUAUUACAACAGUCCAUGUUAUUAUGUGGCCCUCAAAACAAACUUCCUCCACUAAAAGUUGAUGCCGACACUGCUUUUCCAGCACAACAGUAGAGGACUUUUUAUGAAGGGAGCCUUUUAUAUGUUUUCCUUUUCUUUCGGAUUCUCCCCGUACCAAGAGCUCUUUUGAACGUCGUCGGAAAAAAAACAUUUUUGAGUCAAUACUUAGCAACAUGCUAAAUAAACCCUAAAUUGAGACGGAAACCUCAAAAUGUUAAUUUGAAGAAAUAGAAGAACACCACAGAAGAACACCCUCGGUACUCAGU